UGCUAAAAAUGAAUUUACACACUCCCGGCAAUGGUCUCUUCGAAACACAUGUCACGUGGAAGGAUAUCGAGCAAGAUAUGCAACGAGAACUGCACACCAAAGCCUCUUUUGGACCCGGAAAAAGUGCGAAGAAUUUGGCAGAAGGCAUAGGCUACCUGUCCAAAAUGGUUCUUAUAGACCCUGACUGGCAAAAUGCGGACAAGGAGCUUCCGAGACGAUUUGUUGUCAAGAUACUUACCCAAAUGAUGAUGGCCAAUUUGACAGCAGAAAUGGGUGCAACAGGAGAUUUCGAAAGCGGUUAUAGUGAAUCCUAUAAAAAGGCUCACAAUGUUGAGGUCCUAGUUUACAAUUAUUUGUUGAAACAUGCACAUGCGAGAGUUCUUCUACCAAAGAUCUAUUACAUGAGAUCAUUCACGGAGUGCAAUCCCCUCAAAGGUUAUAUAAUCAUGGAAUAUUUGGAGAAUGUCAAAGUGGACUUCUGCAACAACUUUUCAAUCAAAUCUGUUAAGGAGGUUUUCCCAACCGUAGCAGUCAUGGAAGCAAUGUCUCUAAAAUUUAUUUUGGAGGAACGAAAUCAAUUUACAACGACCUUCUAUCAGCAAUUUUAUGCAAAAAUGUGUGAAGAUAACGUCUUUGUUAAAUCAAUCGAAAUGCUUCGAAAGCUCGGCGAUGGUAGGUUCAACAAGAAAGUUGAUAAAUUGGAAGUGUGUGCGAAGUAUGUAUUGGAUCCCGUCAAAGUCGACCGUUUGGCAGAUGAUCUAGGAAUGCAGCGGGUCCUUUGCCAUGGUGAUCUCUGGACAGCAAAUGUGUUGUGGGUAAAUGGCAACAACGACUUGAAAGCGAGUGCCGUCAUAGAUUUCCAGUGUGCACAUAUGGGCUGUGCGGCUGUUGACAUUGCAUCAAUGUUCCUCUCAUGUCUAAGCGGCAAAGACAGACAAGAACACUGGACGGAUCUGCUCGAACACUUCUACUCCACCUUACAAGAAGAAGUGGGAACCAUGAAAAUGCCUUACACUUUCGAGCAGCUCAGAGAGUCGUACUGCCAAUGUCUGCCAUUCAUUGGGUUCACAUUCUUGCCUUUCAUGAUCCCUUUUCUUGAUAAGAUGUUGAAAGAGGUCAAUGUGGCGCAAAACGAAGAAAAGUUGGAAUCCCUGAUGGAAAAAAUGGAGUAUAUUCUGGACGACAUUGUAUUUUUCUACGAGCUCAACAAGGAGAAGAACUUGCAAGCUAUUACAGCGUCAGCAGUGCCGUAUAGCUCAACUAAGCUUCGGAAAUAGUUUAGAGGCAAAAAAUUAUGGUUAACACUCACAGAAAGUGUUAUCUGAGCAUCUUGAAAGUUUUGUCACUUAGUUCAGGGUAUUGUUGAAAUUGUUACUCUGGUGUUUAUUUGUUGCUAUUCGUUGAGUCAU